GAAUUUUAAUGCCCUAUGUUCUCCAGGCAACAACUAAUAGCAGCGGUUGUGAAGAAACGAGCGGCGAUUGCGCGGGCUCAUGAAAUCGUGGUGCGACUUUUGGAGCCCGGAAUACCGGAGACCGAGUUCCUGUCCCUGCUCUGGGAGAUUGGCCCCCCGAAUUAUUCAGACAUUGUGGAUGAGCGGGAAAUAAACAAACUGUGUGGAUAUCCGUUGUGCUCUAAAACUUUAGAGAACAUUCCCAAGCAAAAGUACACCAUCUGCGCUUCAAAAAACAAGGUGUACGACCUCACAGAACGCAAGAAAUUCUGCUGCGGCUACUGUUUUAAGGCCUCGGAAUACAUCAAAUCCCAGGUGCCCACAUCGCCAUUGUGGCUACGAGAUCGGGAGACGAAAGUCAGCUUCCAAUUGCUGCCCCGCAACACUUGACCUUCAAAUGCAGCUCUCCAAGCGUUUAUUUAUUUCGUAUAAUAAGCAUUAAGACCAUUCUUUUCAUUA